AUGUACCCGCCCGGCCAUACAUCGGCAAUCUGGGAAUACGGUCUCUUUAACCCCUCUGCCUCCGCCAUUUACAUAGUCACGAUGGUUCCCUUGACGGCUCGUGGGCCAGGCCUGCCCAACAAACCCCAGACAGAGCGAGAUCGCAUUCGAGAAUUAGCAAAAUACUACUGCGCUUUUACCCAUCCCAAUGACGACGGCGUAUCGGACGGUCGGGCUGCACCGUCAGGGAACGAGCAGCCCGGAGCAGCCUAUCUAUCGCCUGAUAUCACACUCAACGCCCUAGCGCAACUAGGAGUCCUUCGCUUUGGAUGCAAUCGAUCCUUCAUUUCUAUCAUUGAUGGCGAGAACCAGCACAUUAUUGCCGAAACGACGUCAUCCAUCUCUCUGCGACAUGGGGGUCAACAUUUGCCCGACGAUGGCUUAUAUCUUGGUUAUAGGACCUUAAAUCUCUCCUGGGGUGUGUGUCCCCAUACAAUCAAAUUGUUCACAGCACAGGACACAUCGUUCGAGGUAGAGACUGAAAAUGUGUCCGCCAACCGCUCCCGAUACAUCAUUCGCAACUUCGCAGACGAGAAGGCGUUUAAUGAUCGACCGUACGUGGUAGAUUGGCCCCAUAUGCGUUUCUACGCGGAAGUGCCCCUUCUCAGUGCCUCCGGUCAUGUAUUGGGCUCCUAUUGCAUCGUGGAUGACAAGUCGCGGCCGGUUUUCGGGGAUUCAGAAAUUGCCUUGUUACAGGAGAUUGCAGAUUCGGUCGCAGAGUACCUGGAGAAAACUCGGAUUGUUCAUUUCCAUCGACGGGCAGAGAAACUGGUGAAAGGAGUGACCGACCUUGUCACCAACCACCCAGAACCCGAAGCUGUGCUCAAAAGAUCAAGUCCCCUCGCGGAUAUUGACAUUCAUGAUCCUGACCCGGAUGCCGGAAGUGCGCAUGUUGCGACAUCAUCCACGCAAACUGAAGAUCAGGGAUCAUCACUGAUUACCUCUGAACUAUCAUCGUUGUCGUUUGGUAGAGAUAUGUCUCGUUCUACUGAGCCCACGUCUGUUCACUCGAACAUUGGUGGUUCGUCUGCGGGGUUGACUCCCUUGUUUGAAAAGCCACAGAACGAGUUCUGGAACCCUGAAGAAAUUAAUUCACCCGAUGAAAACGAUAUCAAAUCGCAAGCGUCAAACACACCUUCCAGCCACAUCAUUUCCCGGUCCAUCGCAUCCAUUUUUUCUCGCGCCAGUAUUAUCUUGAGAGACUCCAUGGAGCUCGACGGGGUGCUCUUCGCGGACGCAUAUAAAAGUAACUCUGGAUUCCAAUCCCCGGGUCCACCGGGUGUCUGGGAGCCUUCCCCGAAACACUUACACUCUAGUUUGGAUAACAGCUUAGCAUCGAUUCGGUUCGGUCCCAAGCACGAUAUCAUCCCAUCACAUGAAUCCAAAGCAUCUUGCGAGAUCCUCGGGCAUGCUCUUAGGAACUCGUCGAAAGCGGGCUGCGAUAAUGGGGAUGAGGUCGCUUUGACCGAAGAACUAUUGGAGAGGAUGAUCACGGCUUUCCCUCAAGGUCAAGUUUUCAAUUUGAAUGAUCGGCUCGACGACAGCCAUUAUCUUUCCUACCAGAGUGGAGGUGAUGACUCCGUCACCGAGCUGAAGAACCUUCAAGAAAUAACGAGCGAGUUAGCCAAGUACCUCCCCAAGGCAGAUUCGGCCCUUUUCUCCCCGCUAUGGGAUUGGAACAAAUCACGAUGGCUUGCUGGGACCCUUCUUUGGACAGGAAAUAUGCAUCGUGCCCUGGGCAUGGAUGAGCUUGGCUUUUUCCGAGCCUUCAGCAAUUCAGUGAUCUCAGAAGUUGCUAGGGUCAAUUGGGAUAGCCUGGAGAAAUCCAAAUCAGAUUUCAUAUCUUCCAUUAGUCAUGAGUUUCGUUCUCCUCUGCAUGGAAUCCUUGGAAACACUGAGCUGUUGCGGGCGACUACUCUUGAGCCGGCUCAGAGUGAUAUGGUUAAAAUGAUUGAAUCAUGUGGUAUGACGCUGUUGGAUGUUGUGAAUCAUCUUCUGGACUUCACAAAAAUCAAUACUUUGACAACAAAUAAUCCUCAAGGCAGCGAAAACACCGAAGACAACUUGAAAAACUUGAUCAGUGAUUUCGAGCUAGACGUUUUAAUAGAGGAAGUGACUGAGAUCCUCUGCAUCUCACAGACACCAGAGGGGAAGGAUCCUCAGUCUGAAGCCCGAGGCUGGCUUAGCUCUCCGGCUUACCCCACUAGCCGCAGGUAUACAGACCAAGUCUCUGUUGUCGUACGAGUUGACGGACAUAACUCAUGGAAAGUGCGCUCAGUGGCUGGUGCAUGGAGAAGAAUCGUCAUGAGUCUUGUUGGCAACUCCCUGAAAUGGACCCAUCAAGGUCUCAUUGAAAUAUCUCUGUCCAGUGUCAGUACAGGCAUUGAUUCCGAACCUUUCCUGGCCCAUCUGUCAGUGACAGAUACGGGUAGUGGUAUCUCCUCUGAUUACCUACGCCACUCAGUCUUCUCUCCGUUUACUCAGGAAGACUCCCUUUCGGAGGGUGUUGGACUUGGACUAAGUCUUGUGCGCAAGCUUGUCACACUCCUUGGAGGUCACAUCGAUGUCAAGAGUGAGGUGGGUGUGGGCACUCAGGUAGAUGCCUACAUUCCUGUACAUCGCUGCGACAUCGAUAGCCAGGGACCAGUCGGUCCUUACGGCGAAAUUCCGGACUCGAUCCCAGCCAUCCGAGCUUGCCUGAUCGGCUUCAACGAUUGCCCAGAUUUGAACGAGAUGCCUACCGGAAUCUUGAACACAGAGGCCAAACGCAAACUGUCAAUCCAGAGCUCUCUCAGCAACGUCUUUUUGGGACAACCUGCUUGGAGUGUUUCGUUUGCAGAGUCUGUAGAAAAGGCGCAUGGAGAUGUUUUAGUCAUCGAAGACACAAAAUUGCAGCAACUAAUGCAGGAUCAUCCUGGGUAUUUGGCACAAUCCACUGCCAAGUCCUUCAUUGUGCUGGGUGAGAGGAAGUCAAUCGCGGAAGACCAGUGGAAGCACAAAUAUGUAUAUGUCUCUCAGCCAUAUGGCCCGCACAAAGUGAUCAAAGCUAUCAAUCUCGCUUUGAUGGAGAAUAGUGUCUCAAUUGUGCUUCCCAAGCCUGGGAGUUACUCGGCAGAAGCCUUCAAUGCGAACUACGACGAAGAUACCCAUAUUGAACAUUUAAUAUCAGCACGAAAUGGAUACGCCUCCACACCAGAGCUUUCGACUAAACCAGACCAAAUGCACGUGUUGAUUGUGGAUGACAAUAAAAUCAACGUGAAGAUCCUAGCUACAUUCGUGCAUAAACUAGGCUGCACCUAUGAAACGGCUACUAAUGGAUUGAAUGCAUUGAAUUUAUUCAAAGAGUCCGAUAGACCCUUCACAUAUGUUCUUAUGGACCUCUCUAUGCCUGUCAUGGAUGGCCUAGUUUCCACAAGAAAAAUUCGAGAAUUCGAAAAGGACAAUGGUCUAUCUGCAUCUUGCAUUAUGGCUGUCACCGGAGUCGCUUCCUCUGAAAUACAACAGCAGGCGCGAAUGGCAGGAUUGGAUGACUACCUCGUCAAACCUGUCUCCUUGGAGAUUCUGAAAGAAAAAUUGAAAGCGAAAUGA